UUAGCAGCACUGUAACUAUAUUUGUUAUUUAAAGAACACGCAAAAAAAUAAAUAAAACAAUAGAAAUGGACAAAAGCGUGAUAGUAAUUAACGAUUCAGUUAUAACUAUUGACAGCGAUGCGGAUGUGGAAGAUGGCGAAGUAAAAGAAACCGAUAUUGAGAUUGUUAACAUUACCGCCAAAUCAACUCCGCCCACCUCGCCGAACGAAACCAACAGCCAGAUAUUGGAUGAGUGUGAUAAUCAAGUAUUCGAGGUGAAAUUUCGGCAUAAGGAUGACUACGAAAGAUUGCAGGAUCGUUUACUGCGCGUGUUUAACAAGACUUUUGCCGCAAACGAAUUGGUUUUCGAAACAAAUGAGACAAAGUCAAGCAUUAUCGCCUAUACAAAGACUGAGACUCCGCUUCCAGAUGAUGAUCUCUUCCUGAUUGACACUGCUCCAACCAGCAAGCUAAACGCAGCCCAAGUGCCGUCAUACAAGCGCGCCCACACCGACAUCCUGGACGAGGAGACGCCAACCCGCAAGAAGCUGAAAGCCGAUUCAGUUAACAAAUGCUUUCGCCCCAAGGUGCAAUCAGCCUGUUUCAAUUGCGGUGGCACCGAUCAUUCCCUGCGAGAGUGUACACGACCCCGCAAUCAGGCUAGGAUACAGCGAGCACGGAAGAAAACCAGUCGAAUGGAGCGUUAUCAUGUGGAUGCGGAGCAGCGUUUUGCCCACAUCCGACCGGGAAAGAUCAGCAGCAAAACGCGACAUGCCAUGGGAUUCAGUCGAGGCGAGUUGCCAUUUAUGUUCUAUCGGAUGCGCGUCUUGGGUUAUCCGCCAGCUUGGCUAGAGGAGGCCAAGGUGCAGAGUUCGGGCAUAACGCUCUUUAAUGCAGAUGGCACAGAAGUCCAGGGACCGGAGGAGGAAGAAGGCGAAUCCGAUAGCUUCAAAUAUGAUGUCAAUAAAAUUAUUGAUUUCCCUGGCUUCAAUGCGCAACCAGGUCCCAAGUUCUACGAUGACUUUCAACAUCACAAUGUGCCACACUUCCAAGACCAUCAACUCAAGGCGAACUUUAUCAAGUCACUGGGCGAGAACAUCACCAAGGCUUAUAAGCGCAAAAAGUUAAUAGAGCUGCCAACGCCACAUGAUGUUACAAUAGAAAGUACCACAAAUUUCGUGGAGCAUGAUAUGGAAUUGGACGAUGAUGAUGAUGUGGAAGAUGUUAUGCAGCCACCUUUACCACAGGAGCCUUGUAUACCUGCCCCCCCUCCGCCACCAGCGGAAGAGACACCACAACGCAGUCCAUCACCAACUUUGGAGGAUCUAAAAGAGCAACAGGCGCAAUUAUUACAUCAACUUGAAUCCAACACGUCGUUAAACACAAGCACUGUCGAGUUGAAUGUGUCCACAGUCGAUAAGGAAACGGAAACAGAAACUGAAACCCCCGCAAUAGCUAUAAAGCCUACCAUCUUUAAGGCCUCCAUUGAAGGCACACCCAUCUUAAAGUUCUCCAAGUUUGACAAACUGCCAGUUGGCGAGAAAUUCAAGGCGGGCGUCAGCGAUGUCAUCAAUUUUGAGAACCUGCCCGAUUCCACUGGCAAAUAUGAACAAAUGAAAGGUUUGCUCAAGGAUGUGCGACAGAAAAUGGAGAAUCUGCAAAAUGCUGACGACUGAGAUCAGAGAUUAAUCAUGGUUUUUUAAUUUGUAAAUACAUUUGUUCUUUUGAAUUCAGCCAAAGUUUUAUUCACCAAUUCAAUUUGAUAUUGCACAUGAAAACCAUGCUAAAUAUGUAAUAUGCUAAUAUACGAUUAUAAGUAUAUAUAGUAUGUAAAAUGUUUGUAUGUAGUACGUAUUCAAUAAGUUUGUACAAAAUUUGAUAUUAAUUAAAAGAGAGUUAGAGUUGCGUCAAUUUGAACUUAACAA